AUGGCGCUCCUCGCCCCGUCGGUCGCGGACGCCGCCGUCCUCGGAUCGCGACGGGCGGGCGUUGCGCGCCGGCGCGGCCUCCCGCGCGAUGCCCGAGCCGCGGCUCUCGGCCCCGGCGGCGCCACCCGUCGUGGGCCGGGAACGCCGGGACGUUUAACAACAACACCGAUCGCGCCUCGCGCGUUCUUCGGUAAGGGCGACGAAACGAAGGACCCGUUCAAGCGCCACCGACUGAGGGACCCGACGCCGUUCCCGGAAUCCAUCGGCGUGGGGUUCCAGUGCGCGCUCGUGGGGGCCAAGACGGCGGUGACCAACCCGUCGCAGGUCUGGGGCCCGAUGACCGGCGCCACCCUCGUCGUCGCCGUCGCGCUCGACGUCGGCGGCACCACCCUCACCGGGCGAUGGCUCAACCCCGGGGAGGACGCCGGCGCGCUGUGGACGCUCGUCGAGCGCGUCGCGCUCGUCGCCGUGGACGGCGCGUGGCUCCUCGUAUCCCCGCUCGUGGCCAUCGCGGUGGUCCAGCAACUCCUGCCGCUGCUGGGCGAGAAGAUCCUCUUCGACGCGCUCAAGGCGCCGCCGCCGGGCGAGUCACCGACCGGUGAGUCACCGACCGGUGAGUCACCGACCUCCUCGUCCGCCACCCCGUCGACCCUCGCGGCGUCGCGCACCGCCCGCGUCGCGCAGCUCGAAGCCUCCGACGGCCUCGGCUUGCGGUCCCUGGGCGUCGCGGCGGCGAGGGCGCAAUCCCUCGCGACUCUCGCGGGCGUCGCCGUCCCGAUCGGCGUCGGCGUCUCCCUCGUGCCCGUCGCCGGACCGUUCAUCGCGGGCGCGCUCGCCGCCGCGCUCGCCGCGUACUCGCUGACGUGGGAGCUGCUGGAUCCGUACUUUGACAAGGCGGGGCUCGAUUUCGAGGCGCAGGAGAGGGUGGUGUGGGGCAACGCGGUGGCGCUGACGUGCUUCGGGGUUCCGUUCAGUUUGGCCCUCGCCGUGCCGUUCUUCGGGCCGAUGACGGUCGCCGUCGCGCAGGGAGCGGCGGCGGAGGUGGUGUGGAGGGUGCUCGAGAGGGAUCCGGAGUCGGAGGCGCGACGGACGGAGAUCGCGGAGUCGUGAGACGCGCUAUUAUUGAGGUUGGUUUCGUCGAACGGCUUUGGAAAGGUUGGUUCAUCGUAGGGUGUAGAUUGUCAUUAUCAUACGUGAUGCAGACAUC